AUGCUCGAUCCAGGGGAUCAAGCAAUCCAGGGCUGUCGUUGGAUUGGGAAAACCAUCACUAGUCUAAUCGCCUUGAGCUUGAAACCAUUAGAUCGUGGAAGAGAACCCCUUAAUCAUCGUGCUGAAAGCCAACUGACUUCAAUUCUCAUGGCGGCUUCUGUUUGUAAGCUAUUAUCGCGGUUAACCUUGUCUUCUAAUGCUAAGACCUUGUUAACAAGUAACUUAUCCAAAACUGCCUCUUGCAUCACCACGGUGCCAAGCCUAGCCAAUCCCAUACCUUCUAUCAAUCUUCUAAAGAAUGUCUCAAUAUUACAAAAGACCAAUCUGGCUACUUUAGCUACCGAUAAACACGCAAGGAAAGAUGAAAUAUGUUAUCGAUUUAAUAAGGUUGAAGAAUUAAAGAGGCAAUCGGAGUUAAAUCGGUUGGCGAUUCAUGAGGCGAUAAAAAAGUAUCAAAUGCAUCCUAACGAUUAUGGAUCUUCGCCUGUACAAGUCGCGAUUUUAACUACUCGUAUACAUCGAUUGAGAUAUCAUAUGACAUUGAAUAAAAAGGAUAAGCAUAACCGAAGGCGUUUAUUGAUGAUGAUCGAUAAAAGAAAAAAGCACCUUAAUUAUUUGAAACGGAAAGAUUUUACGAUCUAUUGUAAAUUACUGGAAGAGCUCUUAAUUAGGCCUACUAUAAAACACAAAUAUGGCAAAAUUAAUCCUAUAAAAAGGAAGCGUCGAUUUUAA